UUUGACGUCAUACACAUGCGCCAGCCGUGUUCUCAACCUGAAAGCGACUCAGGUUUCUGCUCAGGUGAUGCAGCUGAGGUCAGUAGAUACAGAGGAGAGCGGCAGACUGAAAUGGCACGUAUUCCCUCAGAAGUGUGUGACAUGCGGUUGAAUGGAGUUUCAGAGGUGAUGGAUCUGCUUCACAUAGAUGUGGAGACUUUUUUGGUGGAAGACAAGCCUGGGAGAGAGGAUGAACUGUGUUCAAGGAAUGUGUUAAGAAAGAAAAGGAACUGGGAGAGGCAGCUCGCCACAAAGAGGAGUAAAAGGAGAGAAGAGAAGCAGAGGAGGAAGCUGAACCGUGAGCAGGAGUCAGGUGCCAGUACUGACAGUCCUCGUUUUACCAAACGGGUCAUGAAGGCGAUCACCAAAGAGCGUUUAGCUGAGGCCCAGUCCACGGGGCUCAGACUCUGUGUUGAUCUGAGUAUGACUGACUGCAUGUCUGACAAGGAGGUAAGCCGCCUGGCUGGCCAGUUAGGAAGGCUGUACGGGUCGAACAAGAAGGCAACUCGGCCGUUCCACCUGAUCCUGACAAACCUGAGAGAGGACAGCCGUCUCUACAGAGAGUGCAUACGAAUGAACGACGGCUUCCUCAACUAUAUGAUGGACUUAACAGAGGAAAGCUGUCUGGACCUCUUUCCGACAGAAACUGUCAUCUACCUCUCUCCAGAUGCUGAGGAAGCUUUGGAAACAGUAGAUGCCGACAAAGUAUACGUCCUCGGCGGCCUUGUGGAUGAGAGCAUCCAGAAGAAGUUGAGCUUCUUGCGGGCCAGAGAACUUAGCGUCCACACGGCGAGACUGCCCAUAGACGAGUACAUGGUGAAGAAAGACAACGCCAAGAAUUUCCACUCGAAGAUCCUGGCAGUUAAUCAAGUAUUCGACAUCUUGGUGACUUUCUGUGACACGGGCAGCUGGACUGAAGCCCUACAGACAUGGUUCCCCAAGGGGAAAGGUUAUGUCAUUGCACCUGAUGAUUGAUUCCUCACCAGUUCCUGUCACACAGACUUUGGCUUAACGGCGUAAUUUUCAUUCAACGCUUAAUACAGAAGCUCAUGUGGACAGACUACAAGAGAAAAAGACUAUGUGUUAAUAACCCGAGGGGAGCUAACGUACAUUCAAGUUUUGUGUUCUAUGAUAUGACACACAUUUCAUUUUAUUUGACAUUUCCACAGUGACAAAGUUUUGUCAUGGGUCAUUGCAGAGAAAUUGUUAGGAACUGAAAAUGAGAAAUUAAAUUCCUCCCCUGCCUAUGACGCGGGUCUGAGUGAUUAAGUAACAUUCCAUUCCAUCCAAAUCUGGGCAAUGGUGUGUGAGAAUUUUAACAUAAACAGAGGUCAAGUGGUUUUCUAUGCACUAAACCUUUCCUGGAAAUUAUUUG